AGGAAGUGUCCCUUCCCACCUCCAAUAAACAACUGGAGUGGGCUCUGAGUCACCCUGGCUGGGAUGGCAACUUGUGGGGAAAACCCUAAUCUGGGGACACCCUUCCUGCCACUUUGCCAUGCUAUAUUUAGUUUGAGGGGAUGGGUGCUGGGUGACCCCCCCAAGGCAAGUGUCAGCUUUCCUCCUAAAUAUAGCUGGGGGUAGGGGAGCCAGAGUCUCACAGAGGGCCAUGGGAGAGCAAAGGGCCACCCAAGGGACUGUCCAGCUGCAGUGAUGCCGGCCCUGCUCGAGGUCUCCUGCCUUUCCCUCCGAGGUCCACUUCUUGGACUAUUUCCCUCCCUCCGGGGCUCUGGCUCUUCUGGCCGAGUUUUUCUCCCCUCUGUCUUCUUUCUCUUCACUAUGGGUCACAGUUCUCCAAGCCCACCAUGUUCUCCUCGCUCUAAUUACCUUGAGGUUUUCUUACCCGCCCUGAGACUCCCUGGUCCCCAGCCAGGAAAUUCCAGGAUAGACGACUAUGUGGGGGAGCCCCACAGUCACUGUCUCCGGCCUUAUCACUGCACAAGCCCAGCUGGCUAAUGUCUGGCAGGGAGAUCCAGGAGGGGAGACAGGAGGAGAGGGUGGGAACCUGUCCUAGACACCAUAGCAAUUCCAGGCCUGAACCGGGGACUGAAGGAAAAGCCUGGGGCCUGGACCGCCGUGUCUGAGGGAGGAGGGCUGGGUUCUGAACACGGGUCUGAACCCCGGUGUCUGAAGAGGGAGGGCUGGAGCCCGCACCCCUAGGUCUGAGGGAGGAGGGGCGGGGUCUGGACCCCAGUGUCUGAUGGAGGAGGGCUACAGCCCCGACUCUGGAACUGAAGUUGCCCAGGCCCGGCUUCCGAGGUGCCGGCACGCGCGUGCUAGGCGGGCUCCCCCGCCCCUCCUCCGCCGUCGGGCGCCGCCCCGCCUCCUCCCCGACCCAGGCCCUCCCAAGCGCGAACGGCGAGUAGCCGGCUAGCAGCGGGUGUCCGAGCUGCCAGCGAGCCGGAGGAGGAGCCGCGGCGGCGCCAAGGGCAGCCAGGGAGCAGAGAAGGGCGCCCCAGGUGGUUGCCCCCUCCCUCUCCUGAGAUGUCAGGGAGGAGACUACCUGUUUCCUACACAGGGGCCCCACAGAGCUCGGGGGCCCCCAUCCCCAGAGUGAGGAGGUGGAGGUGCUGCUGACAGGUGUGCAAGCCAUGCUCCCUCACCACUCCCGCUCUUUCCUCCUUUUCCUUUUCCUCCUCCCCAGCGUCCCCAUGGAGCCCCAACCCCCAUCCUCCACCUUGCCCCCAUUUCUGGCCCCUGAGUGGGACCUGCUGUCUCCCCGCGUGGCCCUGUCAAGGGGCGCCCCUGCUGGGCCCCCUCUCCUCUUCCUGCUGGAGGCCGGAGCCUAUGGGGAGCCGGCGGCGACCCCAGCCAACCGCAGCCGGCGUGGGGUGAGUGAGACUGCGCCCGCGAGCCGCCGGGGUGAGCUGGCGGUGUGCGACGCAGUGAGUGGCUGGGUGACGGACCGGCGGACGGCGGUGGACUUGCGUGGGCGCGAGGUGGAGGUGCUGGGCGAGGUGCCUGCAGCAGGUGGCAGUCCCCUGCGUCAGUACUUCUUCGAGACGCGCUGCAAGGCCGAAAGCGCUGGGGAAGGCGGCCCGGGUGUGGGCGGAGGGGGUUGUCGCGGCGUGGAUCGGAGGCACUGGCUCUCAGAAUGCAAGGCCAAGCAGUCCUAUGUGCGGGCGUUGACUGCAGACUCCCAGGGCCGCGUGGGCUGGCGUUGGAUUCGGAUCGAUACAGCUUGCGUCUGCACGCUGCUCAGCCGAACAGGCCGGGCCUGAGGACUCCAGCUUGGGAACUGCUCAGGUUGAGGAAAGAAAAGAGCUGGAUGCUAAAGGACCUCAGAGGCGACCUGGCUGCUCUACUGUGCCUUCUGAUUGAGAACUGGAAAAAAAAAAAAAUCAAAUCUCUCAUUUUUGAGAGCUCAAUCCGUGUGGAAUGUUUGAUGAAACCAAGUGGAGUUUGAAGGGAUGAAUAGGAGUUCUCCUGGAGGAACUUGACAGUAAUAAUAAUAGCCAAUGAUUGCUAUCUACUGUUUAUUAGACCUAAUACUUAACUCUCUGACCAUUCCAACAUCAGAGGAUCCUGGCUCACCCUGAGAAGAGGGACCAGGAAGGAACGUGUGAAAAAGGGAUGUGAGCAGGGACUGUUUGCCUAGCAUGUAUCAAGUCCUGGGCUCUAUCCUGAGGACCACAUCAUAAACCAUGUACAGUGGUGGAAAUCUGCAAUGCCAGCACUUGGGAGGUAAAAGCAGGCAGAUCAGGAGUUCAAAGUCAUUCUUAGCUACAUAGGGAGU